AUGUCUCAAGAUGUUCUCUGCCACGCCUUCAGUUUUCUUGAUUAUUCCUACACAACGACACUCUCACUAGUUUGCAAGGAGUGGUAUCAGAUUGCCAACUCAAAUGCACUGUGGGAAUUUUACUUUCAUUUAUUAACGAAUAAUAAGAAGGGUAAAACAAGGGUUUCGUCUUGUUCAGUUUCCGUAGAUGAUUUAUUCUGGAAAAACAAGAUUCGGGAUAAUUUUUCGCAAUAUGCCUGCAGAAUUUCAAAGAAAUUGUCAUUGGAAUCAAAGUGCUAUUUGAAUUUGAAGUAUAAAUUUCCUGAUAAUUUCUCAUCUCAAGUGGUAAAGAUGAUUUUAUCGAGAAUUUUAUUGGAAAGUUUGGAAUCAACUGACAACUUUGAUUUUCCAUUCAAAACUCAUAAGUUAUCAGAUGAUUAUGAGGACGGACCACUACAUUUCAAAAUGAAGUUUAAAAUUAGUGGAAUUGAUGAGCCAUUGAUCGUGAGAUGGUUUGGAAUUGUUCAAAAUGGUUUUUUCUUAUUUGGAUAUUAUUACACAAAUGGAUAUUAUAUAUAUUUUGCUACAGAGAGUGAUGAUAAACUUAAUGCUAAAUAUUUUGCAGGAUCUUCUGUUGAUCUAAAUGGAAUAGCUCAACAAGGUCGAGCAUUUAUUUACCAUUUCAACUCGAAAAAUAUGCCAGCCGAUGUUUGGGGAAGACAAUAUUUGUGUAGUACUAUUCUAUCUCACAUUGUUCCAACCGUUAAGCAAUAUGAAUUAUCCCCAAUUGAGUUUGUUCCGUAUUGGUGUUUUUUAUUUCCAUUAAUCAUUCACUCCAUGUCAGAUAAUGCAGUAACUUUUUCAAAAGAAUUUGUUAAACACUAUCCUAAUAUCAUUUCCAAUCGAUUAAUGUAUCAUUACAUGGCUAAUUAUUAUAAGAAUAGAUACACAUUUGAUAAGAAAAUUGCUUUGAUUUUUGAAAAUUACCGUCCAAACACUGAAAUUCAGAAAAAACUCUGCAAGUGCAUUAUCAAAAACAAAAAGUUGCCUCCUUUCAAUCCAAGAAAGAAGCAAGAAUCAACUCUAAUGCAAGAAACAGUGACUUUGUUGAGAGAAAUUAUUCCCAGCCGUACUUUGAAAUUUAUUUGUGGACAAGCGCCUCUCAAUCUAAAACCUGAAGAAGAAUUUAUUCGAAAUGCACAAACAUUAGCAACAUUUUACAAAUUGUUAAAAAAUCCAGAAGAAAUGAAGGAAGUAUUUCUUAAUUACAAGUUUAAAAGACCACACCAGCUCGAACAAUUUCCUUAA